AUGAUGACAGGUUUCUUUGAUCCUGAUCCGAAGCGUCGACCCAAGGCAUUUGAUCUCGGCUGCACCGAAUUCCUGACAACCGAUGCCCCUAUUUUUACUUCCGGUGGACUGGUUACCCAGAGGAGCCGCCUGCAGUCCUUUAGCAGUGCCAUACAACAGCUGCCUCCUCGCAUUGGACUGGAGAACACCAAGGAACUCAAAUAUGCAGGGAGGUACGAGGCGGAGUUUAUAGAGGAAGGCCGACUCGGAAAGGGCGGUUUCGGUCAGGUCGUCAAGGCUCGCAAGAAACUUGAUGGCGGCGUGUUUGCGAUCAAGAUUAUCCGCGUGAGCACCAAGUCUACGCUGACAGAAGUAUUAAAAGAAGUUGCCCUCAUUUCGAAACUCAACCACCCAGCCGUGGUCCGAUACUAUGAUGCUUGGGUGGACACGGUUGCCGAUUCCGCUGCGGUGUCCGAUAGUGACGACGACGACGAAGAAUUGAGUGACGCCGAAACCGAAGGGACUACCGAUUCAGGCCCAUCCCCCAUGGCGCCAAGUGGCGGACUAGACUUCAUGUCCUCGAGCGGUUACCCCGAGAUUGAGUUUGGCUACGAUACAGGCGAAGAGGAUGAAGAUGGUCAAAAUGGAAAUGGCAUGACUGAAGAAACGGAAGAGAGUGAAGAGGCCACGGACGAGCAGAUGGAUUCCACUUCACCGAACCAGCUGCGUCAUGUUCGUUCCCAUGAGCCCGCUCAGAGAAUCCUCUACAUCUCCAUGGAAUACUGUGACCGACGAACUCUACGAGAUUUGGUUAAUGGCGAUUUGUAUAAGAGUACGACGGAGAUCUGGCGACUUUUCCGCCAGAUAUUGUCCGGCCUUCGUCACAUCCACAGCCUGAGCAUCGUUCACCGAGACCUCAAGCCCGAGAACAUCCUCAUCACGCAAGGCCUUAAGGGGAAGAUUGCGUGA